AUGGAAAAAGGGACACAAUUUAUACGAGUUUUGGAGUUGUAUUCUGGAAUUGGGGGUAUGCAUUAUGCAUUAAAGGCAUCAAACAUAUCGUUCGAAGUAGUCUGUGCGAUUGAUAUCAAUCCCCUUGCGAAUACGUUGUAUAAUCACAAUUUCGGAAAUCGAGCUAAACAUAUAGACAUUACUAAGCUCGAUGCGGCUGAUUUAGAUGAGUACAAGUGUGAUUUAUGGACUAUGAGUCCGAGUUGUCAGCCGUUUACACGCAUUGGAAAACAGCAGGAUGUGCAAGAUCCAAGAUCUCACGCGUUUCUUCAUUUACUAAAUGAACUUCCGAAAUUAAGUAGUCCACCGGAGUACAUUUUGAUUGAAAAUGUUCAAGGAUUCGAACAUAGUUUAACUGCUCACAGCUGUCGCGAAGUACUAAAAAGGGUGGGUUAUAACUUUAUAGAAGGAAUUGUAACGCCAAAGGAACUUAACAUUCCCAAUUCUCGUUGUCGAUGGUAUGGUCUGGCCAGGAAAGAUUCAUCAGUAAGCUGGAACUUUGACGAUAUCAGAAAGACUUCAUUCAAAGACGGUUACAAAAAUGAGGGAUUGAAAUGCUUAAAUGAUUUUUUGGAAAAUCAAGUUAGCCUUGAAUCGUACUUUCUUGCUGAUAAACUUAUGUUUCGUUAUGGGCAUCAACUAGAUAUAGUAAAACCAACGAGCACUAAUUGUUGUUGUUUUACUAGAGGUUAUGCGCAAUUAGUACAAGGAUCCGGAUCAGUUAUACAAACCUCGGAUCAUGAAAAUAUAGCAGACCAAUUUGAAAAGGACAGGAUGUCUUUGAGACUUCGAUACUUUACUGCAAGGGAAAUUGCAAGGAUUAUGGGGUUUCCGGAAUCAUUUCAGUGGAAGGAAUUAGGAAUUUCGGAAAAAAGCAUGUAUCGUUUACUAGGAAAUAGCAUCAAUGUAAAUGUUGUUUCACGACUUCUCUCAUAUCUGCUAAAUAACCAUACCAGCGGAUAG